CUGUUAUUUUUUCAUUAUUUUUAAAAUAAAAUUUCAAUUUCUAAAUAAAUUGUAAUUUAUUCGAUAAAAAUGUCCGAUCAUGUUACCGAUGAUAAUAUUGAUCAAACGAUUGAUUUUGAUGAAUUACAAUCACAAUCAGAUGAAACAACAUUCAACGAGAAAAGCAAUGAAUCAAAUCAUACCGAAGAUGAAGAUAUUGAAGAACAACAACAUUUUUUCGAUAUUAUUAAUACUUUUCGUUAUUAUAAAAGUUUUAAUAUGAAAAAAGUACAAAAACGAAUUGAUUUUGUCAACACCAUGACGACUGCACAUCAAAAUCUAUUGGAAAAUUAUUCCAAACAUUUAACCGAAGUUCAAACUUCUAUUCUACAUAAUUAUGAGAUAAUUAAAGUGAUUAUCGGUGAUGCAGCUAAAAUAUUUCGUAAUCAUCUUUUUCUUAAAGAUAACAAAAAAAGUUCUUUAACUUUGAAAUCGGAAAAAGAUCUCGACAUUUCUCGUAUUGAUUCGAUACUAAAUCAAAUUGUUCGUGAAUGGUGUCACGAAGGUAUUAAUGAACGUGAAUCAUGUUUUGUUCCGAUUUUGAAUACCAUUGAAAAAUAUUUUCCUUUGGUUGAAAAUCGAAAUCAAAUAAGGAUUUUAGUUCCGGGUGCCGGUCUUGGAAGAUUACCAUUUGAAAUAGCAAAACGUGGAUAUUCAUGUCAAGGAAAUGAAUUCAGUUUGAUGAUGUUAUUUGUAGCCAAUUUUAUAUUGAACAAAAUCGAUUCUAUCGAUGUUUUUACAUUUUAUCCUUGGGUAUCACAUUUUUCCAACAAUCUUCAAUCUAAUCAUCAAAUUUUACCAAUCAAAUUUCCCGAUGUUAAUCCAGCUACCAUAUCGAAAGAUGUGGAUUUUUCAAUGGUUGCGGGUUCGUUUAUCGAAAUAUUUAAUCAACAAAAAAAUCAAUUUGAUUGUGUUGUUACAUGUUUCUUUUUGGAUACUGCUCAAAAUAUUGUUGCUUAUAUUGAAACUAUUUGGAAUAUUCUUAAAACAGGUGGAAUAUGGAUAAAUUUUGGUCCAUUACUUUAUCAUUAUGCCGAUAUGACUGAUUGUUCAAUUGAACCUAGCUAUGAAAUUGUUAGAGAAAUUAUUGAAUCAUUUAAUUUUCAAUUUUUAGAAGAAAAAACUAAUCAAAUUUGUUAUUAUACAAGAAAUCCCAAUUCAAUGGUAUCCUAUCAAUAUCAUUCGAUAUUUUUUGUUUGUCGUAAAUGA